AUGAGACAGGUCCAGGUACAAGCUCUUAUAAGAAAGUUUGAACAUAUCAAGAUGGAUGAAAAGGGGGGAGUUGUCGAGUUUAUAGGUCGAGUGCAAAAGAUGGCCAAUCAACUCAGAAUGAAUGGAGAAGAGAUGCCUCCUAACCGGCUUGCGAAAAAGAUCUUGAGAAAUCUGACGGAUGAUUUUGAAAGUAUUGAGGUCACUAUUGAAGAGACAAAAAAUUUUUCAACUCUCAUUGUGGAGGAGUUAGCUGGGUCAUUAAAGGCCCAUGAACUGAGGAAGAAGAAGAAAAAGAGGGAACCCGACGAUCAAACACUACAAGCAAAGUUUGACUCAAAUGGAACUCGGAAUACUCGAAGCCGAGGUCCUUGA